AUGAGUUCCGGUGAUAAUUCUACUGUUCGUCUUGUAUUUCCGUUAUGGCAAGGAGGUGUUUUGCCAGCUUAUCAAUUUGGUUCAGAGUUACUAGAAUGGCUUUCGCCCGCAACGAGCAUGCCAGUAAUUUGUGUCCCAGUUCCAAAAUUUGAAGGUGAUUUUACCAAGGACGUGAAAGAAGUGGAAGAAGAUGGUCUCGUAUUCAAACCGGAGUUACUUACACAGCUCACAGCUGCCAGAGAUGAACUAGAGAAAAAUAAACCUGCAAAAAUCGUGACAUUAGGUGGAGAUUGCCUAGUGUCCCUGGCACCAUUUGCUUAUUUGAGUGAGAAAUACGGUGAAGAUUUUGGAAUUUUAUGGAUUGACACACACCCAGACGUUUCGCAACCUGGUCAGUUCAACCAUGUCCAUGCUCAUGUCCUGGGAAAUUUAAUGGGCCAUGGUGAUAAUGACAUUGUCUCAAAACUUGUAGCAAAACCAACAGGUUCCUCCAAUGUUAUGAUUGCUGGAAUUCACGAUCCACUGGACUAUGAACAGGAAUUUUUAACCAAGUAUAACAUUUCAACAUGUUCUGCAAAGGAAGUUCAAGCCGGAGCCAAAUCUGUUUUCCAAUGGAUUCAUGACAGAAAUAUUAAAAAACUCGCAAUCCAUAUUGAUCUGGACGUAUUGAAUGAGGCUAAAUUCCAUUCAUUGUAUUUUUCACGUCCAAAUGUACCUGAAAAUGCCUUUGAUGGAAUUGCUCAAGGUGAACUAAGUAUGUUGAACGUCAUAAACCUGGUCAAUCAAGUUAAAAAAGAUUGUGCUAUUGUUGGGAUUACAAUCGCAGAAUAUUUGCCUUGGGAUGCUAUAAAUUUGAAAACUAUGCUUCAAAAGCUACCCUUGAUCGGAGAUGAUUCUAACUGA